AAGCACCCGGUUCUAAUUCCUUCACUUCAUUUAUUCAUUCUCUCUUUUAACUUAUAUACACCCUCUUUCAAAUACAUUCAUUUCAAACCAAGCAAUCUUUUGCCACCAUGCGUUCUUUCGCUCUCCUCGCCCUGGUCGGCCCUCUCGCCGUGAGUGCUGCUUCUGGAAGUGGUCACUCUACUCGAUACUGGGACUGCUGCAAGCCUUCUUGCUCUUGGAGUGGCAAGGCCAAAGUCAGCGCCCCUGCUUUGACUUGUGACAAAAAAGACAACCCCAUCACUAACCUGAACGCCGUCAACGGUUGUGAGAGUGGUGGUUCUGCCUUUGCUUGUACUAACUACUCCCCUUGGGCUGUCAACGACGACCUUGCUUACGGUUUCACUGCUACCAAGCUUGCUGGUGGCACUGAGGCCAGCUGGUGCUGUGCUUGCUAUGCUCUCACUUUCACGACCGGUCCCGUAAAGGGAAAGAAGAUGAUUGUCCAGUCCACCAACACUGGUGGUGAUCUCGGUGAUAACCACUUUGACCUUAUGAUGCCCGGCGGUGGUGUCGGUAUAUUCGAUGGAUGCACCUCUGAGUUCGGCAAGCCCCUCGGUGGUGCUCAGUACGGCGGCAUCUCUUCCCGAAGCCAAUGUGACAGUUUCCCCGAGCUGCUCAAGGAUGGUUGCCACUGGCGAUUUGACUGGUUCAAGAACGCCGACAACCCAGACUUCACUUUCGAGCAGGUCCAGUGCCCCAAGGAGCUCCUCGCCAUCAGCGGCUGCAAGCGUGACGACGACUCUAGCUUCCCUGCCUUCAAGGGCAACACCACUCCCAGCAAUGCUAAGCCCAGUGGUGAGAAGAGUGCUGCCGCAGCCCAGCCUCAGAAGACCGAGCAAGCUGCUCCUGUUGUUCAGAAGCCCUCUACCAAGGCUGCUACUGAGCCCAUUGCUACUAAGCCUGCUACCGUCAAGCCUGCUCCUGUCAAGCCUGCCCCUGUCAAGCCUGCCCCUGUCAAGCCUGCCCCUGUCAAGCCCACCAAGGUUGUCAACAAGCCCAAGACCACUUCAAAGGUUGGUGGAACCAAGACUCGAGGAAAAUGCCCCGCCACUAAGCCUACCAAGCCUGCCGCCCCUCAGAAGUCUGCUGUCGCUAUUUACCACCAAUGUGGUGGUUCCAAGUCUGCCUACCCCGAUGGCAGCCUCAGUUGCGCUUCCGGAAGCAAGUGUGUCAAGAUGAACGAUUACUACUCUCAGUGUGUUCCCAACUAA